CUAAUAUUGAUUAUUAAACCACCCUAACGGCCUUUUUGAUUCCAACAUUGAAGAAUAUUCUCGCCUAUUACGUGAUUAUUGGAUUUGUAAAGCAUCAAUUAAAGGAUAUAAAGACAGUCGAAUAUCUACUUCAGAGAAUCUCACUACCAGACAAGCAAACGAACAUCUUCCAACCCUAACAACGCACUACUACCUCACACUAUCUUUAUUUCAUAAUGUCCGCCAACACAAACACAGCAGUUGUCCUUACAGAGGUUGGCAAGCCACUCAGCCUCGACACUAGCCGCGCUAUCCCUGAGCCUGCUGGGGGGCAGAUCCAGGUCAAGGUGUCCGUCGUUGGCAUCAAUCCCCAUGAUGGCAAGAGCCGCGACUUUGGAAUCUUUGUCACUGGCAAGCUGCCCGCUGUUCUAGGUGCUGAUGUUGUCGGUACCGUAACUAAGGUCGGCGCCGGUGUCUCCAACUUUAGCAUUGGCGACAGAGUCGUCUACCAGCCUUCCUUUUUCAUUCCCACAUGGACUCAGCACGGUCUGCAAGAAUAUGCCGUCGCUGAUGCCUGGGCUGCUGCCAAGAUCCCAUCCUCCAUCACCGAUGACCAGGCCGCUACUCUUCCUACAAACGUCAUUGCACCCCUCGUGUCUCUCUUUUCCCUUCUCAAGAUCCCUGCCCCGUGGUCUCCCGCCGCCAAAGACUUUGACUACGCCAACACGUCGCUCCUAAUCGUUGGUGGCGGCUCCAGCAGCGGCAAGUUUGGUGUGCAGCUUGCUAAAAUUGCGGGCAUCGGCCGCAUCGUUGUUGUCGGCGGAAAGGAAGAUGAAUUGAAGAAGUUCGGUGCCACACAUGUUUUGGACCGCCACGCCGACUACGACACUCUCCUUGCCAACAUUCGCAGCAUUGUUGGCGAUGACCUCGUCUACGCUUACGAUUCCGUGAGCAACUUGAACGGCCAGCUCCUUCCCCUCAACGCACUCUCUAAAACUAAAAAGGGUGGCCUUGCCCGUCUAUUGCCUCUCGGCCCAGUUGACAACUCCAAGGUUAUUGGAAAGGAGGCAGGAUAUGACGUCCACGAUGUCUUUGGAAGCUCGCAUGCUCACCAGGAAGUUGCGAAGGGUUUGUGGGCCAACUUGACUCAGUAUCUGGAGAAUGGCCAGAUUAUCCCUCUGGGCUAUGUUGUGAAGCAAGGCCUGAAGGCCGAGCAUGUCAAUGAAAUCAUGGAUGCGUACAGAGACGGCAAGCCUGCCACCAAGACUCACAUUCACAUUUGAAGAAUGAACAUGAAAAAAAAAUAUUAAUUAAUAGAUAUAUAGAACCCAUAUUCAGUAAUAAACGCUUCGAAUAUUUUCUAAUUUCUUCUAUAUAUCCUCAUCAAAGUGAAAACAGAGGUUGACUGAGAAUAGGUUAUAGUAGAGAGGCUACAGUAUAGAGGCGUCUAUAACGAACGCUCACAGCCACGAUGACCAACCUAAAAUGUUAAGCUACAUGAAAAAGUACAACAAUAAUCUUUUUACAUAUUUUGUCUGGUGAAAUUUUCAUACUCAAAAACUGCCAAUUGACUUG